AUGACAACGGAAGUCGGUUAUGAAAAAAUAUCAGAGGACGUUGAGUGUACUGCAAUCUCUCCCGGAUACAGUACUUUAGGUGAUAUUGUUCCCGUUUCAUUGCACUGGAAAGAUAUUUCAGUUUCAACUGUGAAAGAGCAACGAGAACUGUUGAGAGAUGUGAGUGGAGUGGCGAGACCUGGAGAACUUUUGGCGUUGAUGGGGGCAAGUGGAGCUGGAAAAACGACAUUGUUGAAUAUGUUAAUGUGUAGAAACUUGAAAGGAUUGAUAACGGAAGGGACAAUUACGGUUAAUGGAAAUGAGAUGGGUGAUAAAAUCUCAACAAUAUCUGGAUUCGCUCAACAAGAAGAACUAUUUGUUGGAACAUUGACAGUCAAAGAGUAUCUUAUGAUUCAAGCAAAACUUCGUAUCAAUGAAUCGAAGAAGAUUCGUGAGGAGCGAGUUACAGAUGUGUUGCAUCAAUUGAAACUUUGGAAAUGUCGAGAUUCUCGAAUCGGAGUAAUUGGAGAAAAGAAGGGAAUUUCGGGUGGAGAAGCGAGAAGACUGACGUUUGCAUGUGAAAUGCUCUCGAAUCCAUCACUUCUUUUUGCUGAUGAACCAACGACAGGAUUAGAUUCUUUUAUGGCUGAAAGUGUUAUUCAGAUAUUGAGAGGAAUUGCAAAGACAGGGAGGACUAUUAUCUGUACUAUCCAUCAGCCAUCGAGUCAAUUGUACCAAAUGUUUCAUCGUGUUAUUUAUCUAGCGAACGGUCGAACUGCAUUCCAAGGGACUCCACAAGAAUCAAUCAGUUUCUUCGAACAAUGCGGUCAUCGAGUACCGGAUGAAUAUAAUCCAAGUGAAUGGAUUAUUUAUAAAUUGGCAGUUCAACCCGGGCAAGAAUCUCAAUCAAAUGAAAGAAUUAGGAAGAUUGUGGAGUGUUACGAAGAGAGUGAUCAUCGUCAAAAAGUGAUGGAAGAGUUAGAAGAUGUCAGGGAGAUAGGAGCACCACCAGCCAUGCACAAAGCCAAUGUUUUUGUUCAAAUUCAGGCGUUGAUUAUGAGAUGCGGUCUAGAUGUGUGGCGUGCUCCACAACUGACAAUGGCUAAAAUUAUUCAAAAGAUUUUGUUUGGGUUGUUUCUCGGGCUGUUAUAUCUUCGAAUGGAAUAUACGCCUCGUGGAAUUCACAAUAUCAAUGGAGCUCUCUUUUUUAUAGUUGGAGAAUACAUUUACUCAACUGCCUACGCGAUCAUGAUGUUUCUGAACAAUGAGUUCGCAUUGGUUGCUCGUGAAUAUCAUGAUGGACUUUACAAUCUUUGGACAUACUACAUCGCCCGAUGUGUCUCUCUGAUGCCUCUUUUCUCCACAGAUGGCCUAAUUCUUCUCUUCAUUGUCUACUGGAUGAUUGGUCUCAACACUUCCGUUUCACAGAUGACAUCAGUCAUGGCUAGUCCUCUUCUCGUUCUUUUCCGUCUCUUCGGUGGUUUCUAUGGUAAUACGGAAACUUUCCCAGCUGGUGUUCGUUGGUUGCAAUGGAUUAGCAUGUAUAGGUAUGCAUUCGAAGGAUUAGUGGUAAAUCAGUGGUCGAAAGUUGAUCAAUUUCAUCCGGAAGCUGAUUGGAGUGAUGAGAAGCGUGAUGCUGUACUGAGUAACUUCUCGUUUCCUCCCUGGGCGAUUCCAGUUGAUAUCGCCGGACUCGUUGUCAUCAGUUUGGCAUUCUACACUAUCGGGUUCAUUGCACUUUUGGUACGAAUGAAGAAGGCCCGUUAA